AUGGAGAAGGAUGGAAUCCGUCGAAAUGUCCUUCCAUUGUGCUCUAUUGAGAUUUGGGAGAACGUUCAUCAGCGACGUCGCUCUUUGGAGUUGAGUAAAAAUCCGCGUCUCCACAUGACGUGGGAAGUGUUAAGGACAAAGCGCACAUUGCAAAAAUACUUAAAGCAAGCAAGAACAGACCAAGCUCAGCCAAAUGAUCAAGCUGAGCAAGUGGAGAAAUUCCUCUCCACAUACGACUCCAACUUGCGACGAGGUCCUGAGUCUGCAGUUCGCUCCGCCUAUGCACUUCUGCAGUCCGUCAACAUGCAGGUAUCGGAUUGGACGGAUGCAAAGUCGCAAUUCUUCCCCUCUCUGCUCUCUCUUUUGUUCGAUCUUCUCGCACAAGAAGGAAGAGACGAGCUGGUCACGCUCUCUGCGAUGAUCGUGGGACUUCUUACAGAGCUUCUGAACCAAAUCUCCACUCGACGUUUUCUCAUUGUUCUCAUCGAGGACUGGCACGUGGCUGCGCGUGUGCGUCUGAGUCCUCUGUGCGAUGGACUGCUGCUGCAAGCAGAAGAACGGCUGGAAGAUUCCCUGGGCUUUGAGAUGGACGAGGUGAGUGGACGCGCUCUAGAGGAAGUGGAGGCGAACGAGCAGUUCUAUCACAAAGUCAUGCAGCUGCAGAACGUGGCGUUCAAGUACUUCAAAACGCAGCUGGAAGAACUCUCGAUGACGUCCGUCCAGCGCGUGAUCGAGCGUCCGUUCCUUCUCUCGCAGCUGGAUCAGCUCUCCGAGGAUGCCUUGCGCGCGCUGGGGGUUCACUUACGGCUCGUUCCGCCUGCGGGGAAGGAAGUGAUUCCAACCGUGUAUUCCAAGCCACUGCUGCUGGAGAUCUUCGCACAGAAAUACGCAAAUCGACCAAACCGAGUAAUGCAGGUCAACUCGCUGCCUCUCUUGCCUGACGAGCACAUGCUGUGGAAUGAGAGCUGGUUGUCGAUAUGUGAGGAGAAGAACGGGCUGAACGCUGCCUCCAUUUCGCUGCCCAAUCUCAAUCUCCAGUUCCUUUCUCUCCAGGAUUAUCUGCUGCGGAACUUCGAGCUCUACCAGCAAGAAGUGUACGAUGAGAUUCGCAGCGAUCUCAGCGAAACCGUCUACCAAAUGCGUCCUCGAUUGGAUAUGAGCGGAGAGACGGCGUUUACCGGGAAAAGCCGAAUGGGCGUUCCGCUGGUUUCGUUCAGCUUAACGGAAGUGCGUCGAGCGGCGAUUGGAGAUAACACUCCGGCCGAAGUGCGUGCCGAUGUGACGUUUAGUCUGCAUGGAUUGCGAGGUGAGACGCGAAAGGCGUGGGAAGCGUUGCACGAACAUGAUAUUCUAUUCCUUGUCAAGAUCGUCGCCACGAAUCGCGAUGCUUCAGAAUAUAGCUAUGGAAAUUUGAUUGGUAUUGAGUCGAAUGGAUGGAUGGAUGAUUUCGAUUUGGAUUUCCUGAAAAAGGAGGGAGUUCUGGCCAUUCGAGGGUGCGAAGUCGUUCGAAUGGAGGAUGAAGACGGCGUGAUUCUGAAUGAUUUGGUGGAGGCAGAUACGCGUCUCAAGCGAGCUGGAAAGCGACGAAUCCUCCGUGUUCGUCUCGACCCCAUAAUGUAUCAGCACGAUAUGGAACAAGUCGCUGCCGGAGAGAAAGAUCCUUACGAGAGCUUCAAUCUGCUGAUUCGUCGCGAUCCCGCGUCGAACUCCUUCAAAUCGGUCCAGGAAACAACUCGCGAUUUGCUGAAUCUGAAGCAUCUGAACCAAUCCAUUCCGGAGUGGUUCCAUGAUAUUCUCCUGGGUCUCGGUGAUCCUGCAGCCGCUCACUACACGCAUUGGGAUUUACCGUCGCAUUCUCUCGAUUUUGCUGACACUUUCCACAAUGCCCAGCAUGUGAUUGCUUCGUUCCCGGACCGCAAAGUGGAGUUCUGCGGUAAGAAUGGAGAGCCUCUGUCUGCGGAGCAGAUGGCUCCGCCCUUCCGUCUGACAUUCGGUGAGAACGAAGACGACGACGACAAUGAUGACGAGGAAGAAGAAUCUACUAUUCAGUGUACCAGCUACACGCAGCGAUUCCACUCCAUAAACGUUAUGUCGAGCAAAACCAGCUUCUACACGCCUUUCGAAUUUGAACAGAAAGAAACGUGGAAGCCAACCGUGGAAUUCACGCCUCGCCAGAUCGAAGCGAUUCGUUCUGGAAUGGAGCCAGGUCUCACGAUGAUUGUGGGUCCUCCGGGCACUGGAAAGACAGACGUGGCAGUGCAAAUCGUGAGCAAUCUGUAUCACAGCUAUCCCGACCAGCGAAUUCUUUUAGUGACGCGAAGCAAUCACGCACUGAACGAUCUCUUUGUCAAGAUCGCGCAGCGCGAUAUUGAAAAGCGACACUUGCUGCGUCUGGGUCAUGGAGAGAGAGAUCUGGACUCGACGGAGGAUUUCAGUCGGCUGGGUCGCGUGGAUUAUUGUCUGCAGCGCCGCGAAGUGCUCCUGAAGGCUGUGCAGCAGCUGGCCGUCAGUCUGGGAUAUCUGGAAGACUUGGGAUUCUCGUGCGAAACCAGCGAGCACUUCGCUACGACAGUGAUUUUCCCUCUGAUUCAGCGCUAUCUGAAGGUGUUGGACCAUACGUGCAGCGAGGAGGAAAAGGCGGAGUUGACCUCGAUUCCGGCGAGAUAUUCUGCGGAGAAGAAGAGCCAAAUCAAGGAAUGGGACGCAGCGAAUGACACGGAAGCAGGACGAUGCUUCCCGUUCAAGCUCUUUUUCGCUCCGCAAGGAAGCCAGUUGUUCGCUUCGUCUCUCUCUGAAGACAAUCUGAAAGAACGAGGCAAGCGAUGCAUGCAGACCGUUCAGAAUCUGUUCAAUGAGUUGAAGGAGUAUCGUGCUUUUGAGCUGCUCCGAAAUUGGAAACAUCGCACAGACUACAUUCUGACCAACCAAGCGCGCAUCAUUGCGAUGACCUGCACUCAUGCUGCGAUCGCGCGGCAACGCUUCCUCGAGUCCAACUUCAAAUUCGACACGAUUAUUUUCGAAGAAGCAGCUCAAAUGCUCGAGUUGGAAUCGUUCAUUCCCUUCCUCUUGCAAGAAGCCAGCGAAAUGGAGCCUUGCCAGCUGAAGCGAGUCAUCUAUCUGGGAGAUGCUAACCAACUUCCUCCAAUCAUUCACAGCCCUCUUCUGGCUCAUGCCACCAAUCUGGAUCAGAGUCUAUUCGCUCGAUUGCUUCGUUUGGGAGUGCCGUUUGUGCAGCUGGAUGCGCAGGGACGAUCGCGCGAUUCAAUUGCGGCUUUGUUUGCUUGGCGUUACGAAGGAUUAAGCAAUCUGCCCCAUACGGAAGUGGAGUUUAAGCGAGCGAACGCGUGCUUGCGAUAUGAUUAUCAGAUGAUUAAUGUGGAUGGAGAAGAAAAAGAAGUGGUCAAUCAUGGAAUUCAGAACGAAAAGGAAGCAGGAUUUGUUUUGGCCAUGUACCAAUAUCUCCGUUUGUGUGGAUAUCCCGCAGAGAAGAUCACAUUACUGACUCCCUACAAUGGACAGAAGGAACUGCUUCGAAGUUAUCUCCGCGAGUAUUGCAGAAAGAAUCCGCUCUUUGGAAUGCCAAGCAAAAUCUCCACGAUCGAUAAAUACCAAGGGCAGCAGAACGAUAUCGUGCUUCUGUCUCUGGUUCGAACGCGUUCUGUCGGAUAUCUGCGCGAUGUGCGCCGUCUCUUAGUGGCCGUUUCAAGAGCGAGACUGGGACUGUAUGUGUUCGGAAAGGCUUCGUUGUUCCGCGAGUGUUUGGAGCUGCAGGAGAUCAUGCGUCCUCUCCUCCAAAGACCGCUGAUGCUUCAGCUCGUGGAGAAUGAGUACUAUCCUUGUGAGAGAGGCGUGGACGAUGAGGUAGCGAGUUUCGAAGUUCAGAGUGGCGAGCAUUUGAGUCAGAUUGCGGCGCAGUAUUACGAGAUUCCCGAAGACGAAGAAAUCGACUACUCCGAUCCGGAAUGGACGCAUCUUUCCCUCGUCUACGAGAUCUUAAUCCAUCUCGUUCUCUCCGUGAAGAUCGACAACACGAUUCGAAAGCACUACAUCACGAACUCGUUUAUCACGCGACUCAUUUCGCUCUUCGAUUCGCCCGACCCCCAAGAGCGCGAAUAUCUCAAAAUGGCCACACACCGAAUCUACGGAAAGCUCACAAACCGUCGCGCCACCAUCCGCGGUGCGAUCAACAACACCUUCUACACGUUCCUCUACGAGACGAAGCGCCACAACGGGAUUUCCGUCCUCUUAGAGAUCCUCGCGUCGAUCAUCAACGGCUUUACGCUUCCCAUUCGCCCCGAACAUCGCCAAUCGCUCGAGAAAUCGCUCAUUCCGCUCCACAAAAUGCGCCAGUACGACGAGUACAGCGCGCCUCUCUCUUACUGCAUGACGCUCUACGCACAGAAAGACCCGUCGCUCAGCACGCCGAUUGUAAAAGGGCUGCUUCGCUAUUGGCCGACCGGAUCCAGCUCCAAAGAAGUGCUGUUUCUCAACGAACUGGAGGAUUUGAUGAGCCAACUCAACCCUGCGGACUUGGUUCCGUAUCGGGAAGCGUUGUUUAAGCGGUUUGCGAAGUGUUUGGAUUCGUGUCAUGUGCAAGUCACGGAGCGAAUUCUCUUUCUUUGGAGCGGAAAUGUUUUCUCCAAUGCGGUGAUUCGGGACAAGGAGAACGUGCAAGUGCUGCUGAAGGCGGUGUAUCCGUCGCUUCGGAGGUGUGAAAUGAACGCGACGAAUGAAUCAGUGAAGCAAAUCGUGAUGCAUGUGAUUGGUAUUUUUAUGGAUGCGGAUAUGGAGUUGACACAGCAACUAGCAGAUCAGUUUGAUAACGCCAAGUAAUUUAAUUCUUUGCCUGUUUGUUUGUUGUGCAUUACAACUUUUUUUGGAAUGACUCAGCCGGAAUCGAGUCGCUUUGUUUUCUCAAUGAGGGGUCCGAAUGAAGACCUGAAUCAAUUCAUCUCGGUCCUCUUUUCGUGUAUUGCGCAAUCGAAUAAAACGGGAGACCUUACAAGCUUGAUUCGUCUCCACUUGACGCAGAGUGUAGUUGAUAGCGUGUUUAGACGAAUUUUAGUGGGGACCUGGUUGGUGUGUGAUUCAAGGCAAGAGACUUGACAAGGCAAUUCGUUACAUAUCCUGCUGAAUGUUUUUUUGCGUGAUCUGGUUCCUUCAUGUUGAACUACAAGGGUUUUGUCGCGCUUGUCUCCGAUACCAGAUCACAUGAGGAGUUUGUGAUUUUCCGCCCAUCCUCAAUGCCAAUCACUGAAGUAAUGAAAGACAAGAACGAAUUGGACAAGAAAACGGUCAAGUAGUUGUUAAUUCGAAUUUCCACAAAGAGUUAAUUUGGAAAUCAAGAAGAACUCGAUGGAAAAGGUUCUGUUCGAUUUUGAGCAAAAGGUACGUUCUUUCACCCUUCACUUAUUUCAAGGCCAUUGGAUUCGAGUACCAGACCCACAAUUCGAUUCCUGCCUUCGAGCUUCGCGUAUUGUUUUUCACCCCUCUCGACUCUAGAAAGAAAUAACGAUCGGUUUAGGUCCUCUCUUCCACGUCAUCGUCUCCCAGUCGCCCAUCUUCUACUCUCUCGACGACCUCGCUGACCAGCUCCUCUACUGCUCCCUCAACGGCUGGUUCGUUCUCUCCUGGCGCAUGAUGCUGAAUCCCGCGGUAAUCAAGGAACACAAGGGCGUGUCGAUGCUGGAUUCGAAGUGGAUCGGGUUGGUUUUGCUGGGAGUGAUCGCGAUUGUGGGGUAUUUCAUGUUCCGACAGUUCGCCGAGUGCAAAGAGCUGCAAGAGAAGUAGGGAGAACGCUGGGAUAGCGAGUAGAUCGGCGAUUUAUGAGCUGUUUGAGGAGGAUUUGAGGGAGUGUCUGGACAAGCGAAGCAAUGUGAGGAUGAAAGCAGAGAGUGAGGGAUAGAUCGGGUAUCUGCUGAUUGGAUGUGUGGCUUUGUGGAUGUUCGUUUCGUCGAUGCAGAAGAAACGGAGAACGAAAAGAGUCCGGAUGGAGAGAGAGUUUCUGAAGGAAUCGAUUGUGGGAUCAAAGAAACAAAACUAAACUAAUCGGAUUUUUUGGGAUUCGAAAUCGA